AUGGCCAUGGCUGAGCAGCCAUGGCCCAGCUGUGCCUCGCAUUAUAGCUCCAACACCAACAACUGCCAGGACCUGGGCAACUCCAUCCUGUUGCUGCUGGGCCUCAUCAUCUGCAUUAACAUUGGCAUCAAUAUGGUGACGCUGCUCUGGCGCAGACUCCGUGGCUUCUUGCACCACAUGUUCUGCAGUAUUGUUUGUGAGAAAGAAGCUUUUAAGUCAUCCUCAUCUAGAAAGAAGACCCAGCCCCCAAAGCAGAGCUCCCCUGCAGUCCACCUUCGAUGCACCAUGGACCCUGUGAAAAUGACCGUGACCCCCCCACCCACUCGCCGCCAUGGCCAUCGAGGCUCAUCAGCACGCCGUGCUUACUACCCAAGAGCAUGGGCCCCUGACACUGACGAUGAGGAGGAGAAACUCCCUCAUCGGUACCCAGCAAUCUGCUCCCACAACUGGGAUUGCCCCUUGGAAUGGGAAGGCGUCCACUCCUCCCAGGUGUUCUGGGCUCCCUGGGCCCAGGACACUGUGGAGCCGCAUUCCCAGACCAUUCGCUUCCAACAGACCAUGGAGGGAAGACCUCUCGGAAGAGAGAUGCGGUCAGAGCUGGGCCUAGAGGCCUAUGUGUACCCUGUGAACCCCCCACCCUCCAGCCCGCAGGUCCUGAGCCACAAGAACAGUGGAGGGCGGGCAGGGGCCGAGGGGGAGCAGGAGAAGUGCUCACCUGCCCCCCCAAGCCCACCACCCUUUAAGGGUCCAGCAUUUGUCCCAGAUGUCCCCCGGCGCCCCUCCUCGCGCCGCAUAGAGUAUGAUGCCCUAGAUGUGAGGCGGCGUCUUCGAGAGCUGACCCAGGAGGUGGAGGCUCUGUCCCACUGUUACCCCAUGCCCUCCAGAUCCAGCACUGCUGAGGGAAUGGACAAGGACUGGGUAUACCAUCCCCUGAUAGAGAGGUGA